UUGAAAAAAAUCUGAUCACACAUUCUCAGAAUGACCUCUAGUUCCAUUGAGGCCAGUGUUUCCUCGCAAGGAACGUUGUGUACCAAGCUUUAGUCACGCACUGUAUAUUCAAAACAAAACUAGUUUCUGCAAACAAAACUAAUAAACAAUGCCAUAAAAAUGAAAUUAAUGGAUUUUUGAGAUCAAUCAAAAUUCAUCAAGUUCCAACGAACAUCACGCACCUUCUGCCGAACGAAGGUAGCGCUAUUGUGUUAGCCAAACUACUAGCCAAAGCGUGACUGGGCCAAUGUGUAAGCAAUUAAAUUGCUUCGUUAAAAGUUUGCUCCAGUCAUGAUACUACAGAACUUGCGCUUCGCACUGCACAGCAUAGCACACACACCCAUAGAGCGGACCUAUUAACGGACGAGGUGGAGACUGUUCAACUUUGAAAUAAAGACGCUUAUUUAUUGUGUUUAAUACACUGACUAGCGCAGUACACGGUGAAAUGCAACAAUAGUAACUAAAUACGAGCAGUCACCAAGAGCAAUGGAAUGCGAGCGAAUACCGACACUUAGCCCACAUAUGUGAGGGGUAACCAAGUGACGUUGCGCUGGGCCUGAAACUUUCAAUAUCGACCAAACAACGCCACUCACCGAGAAAAGACAUAGUCGUGCGGUCUGUCGCCUGCCUUUGGCGUGUAUGUUGCGUGAAGCUGUCGGAAGUGCAACUGAAACUGGCACAAAAGUGCAAAACCCCCUUAAAGUCAAACGUUGAUUUGGUUAUCCUGCGGUCGCGAUCUAAUGCUGGCGCUGCAGCCACUAAGCAAGAGACGAACACUUCACGAAGGAUAACUGAGUACCUGGCGAUUGCAUUUGUACAAAUCUAUAUGAGUCUUAGACAAAGCGCAUAACCGCACACGUGAUUUCGGCAGCACGUUGAAAGGUGGUACGAGCUUGGUGUUCGGUGGUGCGCGUUUGUGAGGCGUUGCGGCAGUUAUUUUUAGCAUAAAAUGCUGACAAAUAUAUGUGCUGAGUGAGUGCGAAAAAAUGCAAAAUUAAAAUUUACGACUAGCACGCGAAUUCAUAAGUCAAGUGGCGAAAAAAUCUUUUGCUUAGACUGAAGAGGCCUUUCAUUUGCGGUUGCGGCGGUGGCAGUGCAUCCUACUCCUGCUCCUCGAGAGCGUGUCAGCGUGCCAGGGGUAUUGAGGAGCGCCUCCGGCACGGUGUUAUGUCCAAUAAGUAAAUUAAAUUCAAAGAAAAACAAAUCUCAAAGUGGCAUGUUUUAACACUGCGAUGGCUUAGACUAGGUAUCAAAGGAAAAUGGGUGAUUCAGAUAGCGAGGACAGCGAUGGCGAAGGUGGUCUUGGUAAUGUCUCACGCGUGAUCAUCCGCCCACCCGGACAGAGUGGCAAAGCCAAACGCGGGCACCUUUGUUUUGACGCUGCCUUCGAGACGGGGAACCUUGGCAAAGCCGAGCUGAUUGGCGAUUUCGAGUACGAUUUGUUUUUACGGCCGGACACUUGUAAUCCUCGCUUUCGUUUCUGGUUCAAUUUCACUGUGGACAAUGUGAGGCAAGAUCAGCGCGUUCUUUUCAAUAUCGUCAACAUAAGUAACCCGCGCAAUUUGUUCAAUUCUUCGCUGGUGCCGCUGGUGAAGUCUUCCAGUCGGCCCAAAUGGCAACGCUUGCCAAAGAAGAAUGUUUUCUACUAUCGCUCGUUGUUGCACCAGAAUCAUUAUGUGCUGAGUUUUGCAUUCUCUUUCGACAAGGAAGAUGACGUGUAUCAAUUUGCAGUUGCACCGCCCUACAGUUACUCGCGGCUUCAAUCGUAUUUGAAUGUGAUCGACGCCCGACAGACGGAGCAACGAUUCGUACGCAGCGUGCUGACAAAGAGUGUGCAAAAGCGAAAUCUUGACCUGCUCACUAUUGACCACGUUACCGCCAAAACAAAAGCGUCGCGCCUGGAUCGCGGAUUCAUACGCAUCAUAGUAAUUUUAUGUCGUGUACAUCCCGGAGAUGCGCCAGCCUCCUUUAUGUGCCAAGGAUUUAUUGAGUUUAUUACGAGCAAUCACCCGAUUGCCGUUGUGCUACGCGAUAAUUUCGUCUUUAAGAUAGUGCCGAUGGUAAAUCCGGACGGUGUCUUUUUGGGCAACAACCGCUGCAAUUUGAUUGGACAGGAUUUGAAUCGCACUUGGCAUGUAGCCACUGAGUUUUCUCAUCCCACGCUGUAUGCCGUAAGGAAUAUGCUUAAGGAACUCGACAACUCUGACAUUUAUCAGAUUGACUUCGUGAUUGACCUGCAUGCGAAUCCCAGUUUGCAUGGCUGCUUUAUUUACGGCAACACAUACGAGGAUGUUUACCGACAUGAGCGCCAUUUGGUGUUUCCACGUUUGUUCGCCGCCAACGCGCCCGACUACGUGGCCGAGAAUACAAUGUAUAAUGCGGACGAGAAGAAAGUUGGUUGUGCGCGCCGUUAUUUCUGUGAGCGGCUCAGCGAUACGGUGAACGCCUAUACCGUCGAGGUGUCCAUGAGUGGUCACUACUUAAAGGAUGGCAAAACUGUUGCGCUCUACAACGAAGAUGGCUAUUACCGUUGUGGCCGCAAUUUGGCGCGCACCUUCCUUCACUACUACCGUUUCAUCAAUGUGUUGCCCACGCCCGUGGUAUCUGAGGCGCGUUUACGUCGGCGCAAUCGCCCGCGUACGCAUCACUCACGUUCCCGCUCGCGUACACGAUACGAAGUGAAGCCACGACCGAAGACAACGCGCUGUUAUGCACCGAUUGCGUACACGAACCUCUCAAUUCAUUACGACUCUGGUGGGGGCUCGUCCGACGAGGGCGGCUUUUCACCUACACGCCCCAUAGCGCCGGGUAGCAGUCUUUUCAGUGGCUACCGUAAUUACCGACGCAUGCACGGCAGUUCGGCGGUGACGCACGAUCAAUACGCACUGCUGGCGCUCAAGUCGACGAAAUACGAUCACCUGGGCGAUUUUGGUGGUGCUGGCAGAGCGCAUGCGUAUCAGCCAGCACGUGCGGCAACGGCUGAAAAGUCAGGCAAAUCGGUGACCUUCGAGCAGCCGCUGAAUGUGCCACCGAAGCCGUAUUUAUCCAUUAUUGAUCUCAAUCAGCUGACGCGCGGUAGUUUGGAUCGCAAGUCGGGCAGCUUUGAUGUCGACCAUCGUUGACGAAAACCGCAGGGAGACGGACGGUGUGCAAGUAGAUAGAAUAACAAAUUUUUCGCUCGAAAAAUUAUAGUUAAAUUUCAAUAUACGAUUUUUUAAUUAAUCCAUUACGCUUCGUUACCUUUUCUAUGCAAGA